CCCGCCUAUUGAUAUGACUAAACAAUAAACAAAUACUCAUCACUUUAUUCUAUUUCAUGUAUUCAUCUACACAAUUAUGUCAUCUACUACUAAAGGAUGUUUAACAGAUUUAACCAAAGAAGAAAGUCUUGUCUACGGUUUUCGAGCGUAUAUCUCUCCAAUUCUAGUGAUUAUUGGUAUACCAACAAAUUUUCUCGUGGUAAUUGUCUUCGCUGUCCUUGAACAUCGUAGUAAAUGUCGUUUUAAUCUUUAUGCUAUAUGGAUGUCUAUAGCGCAUAAUAUGCAAUUAAUAGUUAAUACACUCAUAGAUGAUUUUUUAGGUCGUGGAUUAAAAUACGCCACCUUAUGUAAACUGUCAAUACAAGUUGAUAUCCAGUCAUCAUUUAUAUGUAAAGUACAAACCUAUUUAACUGAUGCAUCCGCACUGAUUGCUGCCUUCAUCCUGAUGUUAUUCAGUGUCGACCGUGUUUGUUCCAUUUAUAAUCCAAAGUAUUUUGAACAAGGUUCACACAUAAAAUUAACCCAUGUAAUUAUUGUCUUGGUUACACUGAUAUCUCUGCUGUUGAAUAUUCCUCAUUUAAUAUUUGCAGAUUUAAAAAUCACACCGAUAAACAGUAAUCGUGAAUGCCAGUAUAUUAAUCCGUUAGCUGGCGGCGUUAAAUACGUUCUCUACUUAUAUAUUGUUGGUGUAGCUAUCCUCCCUGCUAUCUUCAUAUUCAUUACAAAUAUUCUUAUUCUGUACAAGUUGAGCACUAUUGUCUAUCGAUCCAAAUUGAUCGGGGCUAAAGAUGAAGAAUCGAAGAAUGAAAUGGGUAAAGUGAUAGCUCAUCUGGCUAUUAGUAUUCUGUUCACUUGUCUAUCUAUCCCCCUGGUUGUAACAAUUAUACUCAGACAAGAGGUACACUUUUAUAAAUAUGAUGUAUUGUACCCGGCUUAUGCUAAAAAAGUUGUCCAGUAUUCAAAGUUAUUUAGUUCUGUGGAUUCAUUCAAUCAUGCAUUCGAUUUUUUCUUGUAUCUGGCAUUUAUGCCAACAUUCCGAGAUACUCUAUGGGAGAUACUGACCUGUCGAGUGGUUGGUUGGCGAAAAAGGAGACAACGUAUCAAAUAUAGACAAAGAUUAGAAUAUUUCGAAAAUCAACACCGUCACCAAUACCACCACCACUGUAACCAUGACAACCAACGACAACUACAGCAGCAGCACCAGCAACAACAACAACUACACCAAAUAAAGCCACAACCACAAUCCCAACAAUAUCAACAUCAUCCAUUGGAAUGGACGCCUACUACACUAGUUAACAAUGAUGAUACAAUAUCACUUUAUUCAAAUAAAUAUAAUAUUUUCUCUGAAAUUAUCUAUGCAAAUAUUAAUGGUAUAAAUUAUAAUAAUACAGAGCCUAUUCCGUAUAUUGAUCAGUAUGUGAAUUAUUCUCCGGAACACUGUGUCCUGACACGUUUAUAGAGGAGAGUGGUUCAUCAUGCGACAAUCUGUCGACACUGUAUAGCGUCAAUCUAUUCUAUUGUACAGUUUAACUUCCUGAUUACAUUCCUUUAAAAUAAUAAAGAAAACAAUAUAUAUAAUCAGCCAUAACAAGUAGUGUAGAAUUCAACCACAUCAGUAAGUAACGUUUCGAAAACUAAGAAAAACCUCAAUUCCACAGAAGGACAAUUGGAUUUCGGUAAAUUCUGUUAGGGGAUUCUGUCUUCCUAAUGCACAGAAGCCAUUUUUUUAAUAACAUGAAGUUCGGAUUUGUGAAUCGUACUUGAAACUGAAUGAAGAUUGUCGACAACGAUGUGAUACACACGCAC